AUGGAAACCACAAACAAACACGUCGUUUUCGACGUCGUAGGAACAUGCGUCUCCUACGACGCCUUCUUCUCAGCAAUUGACUCCCGUCUCGGCCACAAGCUGCGCACUUAUAACAUCAACCCCCGGCUAUUGGGCUACGCAUGGAUGGAAGCCGGCGAAAAGGAAUACACCUAUCUAAGCCUCUCAACCCACUACGUCAAAUUCUUCGAUGUAUUCCGUUCCAUCUUCUACAGGACCCUAUGGCAAGCUGGGAUCAUGAACCCACGUGAAUUUGCCACCGACGAGGAUCGCGAAUAUCUACUUGCAUCGUAUCGUGGAUUGGAAGUCCGUCCGGGGCUAUCUGAGUGUUUUGAGAAGCUUAGGGAUGCCGGGUUCACUGUUUGGGCUCUGACGUCGGGCGAUACAUCCCGGGUGGCUGGGUAUCUUGCUGAAGGUGGAGUGAAGUUCCCAGAGGAGAACUUUGUCUCGUGUGACACUAUCGGAGUAGGUAAGCCGGCGCCAGAGUCGUAUCAAUAUUUGUUGGAGAAGUUUAAGGGGGAAGGGUCGUUGGCUUGGUUUGCGGCGGCGCAUAUGUGGGAUGCGGCUGCGGCGAAGCGGUGCGGGUUCAAAGGGGCAUGGGUGUCUUUAUGGGAGAAGGAAAAGUGUUCGGACAUUUUCGGAAAGAUGGACGUGGAGGCGGAUAGUUUGCCUAUGCUGGCGGAGGGGAUUAUUACAGCUACUGCUGCGAUGCAAAGUAAUUGA